AUGUCGACGACAACGCAGCAAGAUGUCCUGAUGGAGGCGAUCAAAAAGCUAUACCUCUCUGAGAAGCACUCUGAUUUCAAGAUCAAGUGCGGCGACGACGUGUACCCGGUCCACAAAGCGAUCAUCUGCCCGCGCUCCGAUUUCUUCGACCGUGCGGCUCGGUUUGGAAAGGAAGCGACAGAAGGCCAGGUCGACCUGGUCGAAGAUGAGCCGGAAAUCGUGAAACUGAUGAUACAAUACUUCUAUGAGCUGGACUACCGUAUCCCAGGCCUGCCAGAUGAGCCGCCGUUGUCCGUACGCUUCCAAUCGGAACACCCUAUCAACGGGGCGGACCUUGAUUGGCGCAGGUCGUUUGCGACGGGUCUCGCCAACCUCAACGAGGAAGCUAUGGCGGCCGCCGUCAAAGUGACUCACAAGCACACCCACGGCGUAGCGUUAUCCGGCCGAACCCACGUCCUAAACCCGUACACGUGUGGACACCGUUCUGGAUUCGGGAAGGAGCUCAGAAACAUCAUUGAUAAUGAAGCGUCCACCCGGGGUACGCCGUGGAAGCCCAUCGCCGCUCGUAAUGCGCCUAUCGUUCACGCCAAAAUGUACGCCAUAGCCGAACAAUACCAAAUUGAAGGCCUCAAAGAGCUCGCGGUCGACAAGUUCAUCGCCGCUUCGGAAGACCACUUUACCAACGAAGGCUUCUAUGACGCGAUUGAUAUUGUGUAUACGACCACGGUAGGGGAAGAUCUCCGCCUGCGAGACGUGGUUGCCAAGUACAUCUGCGACGACAUCGAGGUAUACGGCCUGCAUUCACGGGCGGAGGAGAAGUUGCAGUCGGUUCCGGAUCUUGCCUUCCGUGUCAUGAAGAUGCACUUUGGGCCGAAGGGGUGCGGCGUUGAGGGGCGUUCGUAG